AUGUCAAGCUUACUGCUUAUUACCGUGGCAACUACCUGGGUCGUCGUCGCUUAUGCUCUGCUGCUGCCCCAGCAAGUUUUAGGAUUCGCGGGUUGCCCAGAGCCCCACCGGGCUCUGCUCCAGGACUACAAGGCUUUCCAUAACGCGAACAAGUACUCGCCGGAUGCCCAAUACAUCGUCCAAGAAUGUUGGGGUGCAAAGUGUGCGGGCACAGGUGAUCGACUCCGAGGCGCCUUAUUCAACUUACGAGUGGCUAUUCAGUACAAGAAGAUCUUGAUCAUCGACUGGACAAGGCCGGCCGCUCUAACGAACUUCUUGAUUCCAAACCAAAUCGACUGGAGAAUGGUUAACUUCCCGAAAAACUUUUUCAAGGACCGCAACACUUUAACUCGGGAUGAGUACUACGCAACUACAAUCCACGGCAACGGAUCGGAGGUUUCGACAGUACAAAGAUUCUUGGAAACGAAGAAAUUCACUAUCAGAGGUGUUCAAAUAUUCGAGACCAAUGCAACGAGGCUCGAGCCCAUCGAUCCCGAGCACGCCAUCGACAUUGGCGCCUGCUACUUCCAAUUCCUGUUCAAAAUAAACGAGACAAUUGCUGAAGCCGGGAAGAGGCACCUUGAAAACCUGUACGGACCAGCACACGUGGACUACGUGGCGUGGCACUGGCGGCACUUUGAUGUGGACAACAAAAAGGAAAAACCUGUUAUGAUCUCGCAACUGAAAGGUGCUCUGGACUGUGCGGCAAGGCUGGCAUCGGAUAUUGGGGUAGAUCUCGUCGAGCGGCCGGCGCUCCUCAUCACAGAUUUCAACGGUUUUCGGGACCUGGUGCUGCGCGGCGAGUUUCGCAAGCUCGUUACGGCCAACGUAACCCCGGUGCAUAUUGACAAGGUCAAAAAGGGAGACUUAGCAAUAUUUCAAAAUGUGUUCGUGGACUUGUACCUGCUUUCCCGGGCUCGUUGCUUGCUGACGAGCUUCUCGGGGUACAGCAAACUGGCGCUGUGGAUGGGGACGGCGGAGCUGCGCAAUUGCCACCGUGAUUUUGCCAACUGCAACGUAACGACUGUGCAGCACAUUAAACGGCGUAUGGUUACAGAGAUCUCAGCGAACAUUGUCACGUCCGCAUCAAGUCCUAGCAAGCCACAAGGUCUGGGGCGAAAGGCCACGAGUCCUAGCAAGCCACAAGGUCUGGGGCGAAAGGCCACGAGUGAGGCGACGAACAGUGCAGGUGAAAGGCCCAGCUCAGCCAUGCGCCGAAGCGGCGUUGGCCAGCGGGUGGCGACGGUUGCGACGGUAGCGACGGCGUCUGGACUGCUGCUGGUGCUUUUGGUGGCCGUCGGUGUUUCGGCGGCAAUGCCGCCGGCGUCGACAGCACCGCCCUGUCCGCAGCCACCCGGAGAUGAAGGCGCCGCGUUUGGGAUCAGGGCUGCGCAGGAAGCGACCUUGCUUGUGCAGCAGGCGCAGGCAGAGCGACCGAUCUCGCUGACAACCUCUCCCAACGCCACGUCCUUUAAAGCGCCUGGCGGUGGCGUCGUCGAAACGCUGACUGGAACACCGAAGGCCGCCCAUCGGGUGUCGUUCCAUAAGACCUUGCGCACCGGUCCCGUCCUGAGCUCAGGACCCGGUACCACCAUCCCCACCGUCGAGCUGCCCGGCGGCACCACCGCUACUGCUGGAACACAAGCUGCGGCCACUGCUGCCGCCGCCGCGCUUGCAGCGCCUCCGGCGCGCAUUCCGGAGCAAGCCGCUGCCGUACAACCGGUGGGAGCAGCGCCACGGGGCCCACCGCCACCGCCACCGCCACCACCGCCCCUGGGUGUGGCACCGCCGGUGGCAAGGCCACGGCCACCGCCACCACCACCACCACCACCACCACCUGUGGGCGCGGCGCCACCGGCGGCAGUGACACCACCACCACCACCACCACGGCCACCUCAGGGUGCGGCACAGCAGGCGGUGCAGCGACCACCACCGCCACCACAGCCUCUCGGCGCGGCGCCGCCGGCGGCAGGGCCAGCCCCAGGGCCAACGCCAACGCCAACGAGCGCCGCGCCGCAGCAGGCAGCACAGCUGCCGCCGCCGCGGCCGCCGCAGGGCGCGGCGCCGCCUGUGGUGUCGCAACCACCGCCGCCGCCGCCUCCUGCAUCAACAGCUCCCUGCGACGACACUUCAAGUGGUCCUACACCAAGUCGCAAGACAGACGGGCAUGCGGACUCGCAUGAUGUCUGGAGGCAGUCACUGAUGUGUUCGCCAUUGCAUGUGCUUGAUGAGCGGCUUGAAAAGAAAGGUAAGGUGUGCUGCAUUUCCAGGGCAAUCAUCCUGGUGGAAGGGCGCGGAUUGCUUGGCUUCGGCUCGGCGCAGUAUGGUAAUAAUGGUGGCGUCGAAUAUUAUAUACGUCUCUGUUGUAUUGUGGUAUCGGAAUACUUGCCUUUAUCGUUCGCUGUAUGUUGUUUGCACAAGUUAUCCUUGCUCGGCAGCUGGUUCGGCGGUGGUAUUUCGGCGAGAAGUCCAGAAACCCAAGCCUGA